AUGUCACUUGUGGCAGUCCCCUUCUACCAAAAAAGACACAGACACUUUGACCAGUCCUAUCGUAAUAUUCAAACGAGGUACCUUCUGGAUGAAUAUGCUUCGAAGAAGCGAGCUUCGGCCCAGUCCUUGACCCAGAAGUCGCUCACGCAGCAGUUGUCUUCGCAGAGAGCAUCCAGCCACACGUCCUCAAGGGGAACCACCUGCAGGCUCUGUGCAAAACGGGUGAGCGCCGAGGAGGAGGAAGAGCAUGAAAGCAAAAAAAGGUACCGGUCCCUGGUGGCUUCCUAUGGUGAGGCCAAGCGGGAGCGCUUCCUCAGUGAGCUGGCACACAUGGAGGAGAACCUGCACCUGGCGCGGUCCCAGGCCCGUGAAAAGCUGGACAAAUACGACAUUCAGCAGAUGGUGGAGAGCAAGCUGGCCUGGGAGAGGCAUGCAUUUGAAGAGCGGAUCAGCAGGGCCCCUGAAAUCCUAGUGCGCCUGCGGUCCCACACCGUCUGGGAAAAGAUGUCGGUGCGACUGUGCUUCACAGUGCAAGGCUUCCCCACACCUGUGGUACAGUGGUACAAAGAUGAUAGCCUGAUCUGCCAGGCAGCGGAGCCAGGAAAGUACAGAAUUGAGAGCAACUACGGAGUGCACACACUGGAAAUCAACAGGGCAGAUUUUGAUGACACGGCAACAUACUCCGCGGUGGCGACCAAUGCCCACGGCCAGGUGUCGACCAACGCAGCAGUGGUGGUGAGAAGGUUCCGGGGAGACGAUGAGCCCUUCCGCUCAGUGGGACUACCGAUUGGAUUGCCCCUGUCCUCCGUGAUUCCGUACACACACUUCGACGUUCAGUUUUUGGAGAAAUUUGGGGUCACCUUCAGAAGAGAAGGUGAGACAGUGACUCUGAAGUGCACAAUGCUGGUGACGCCUGACCUGAGGAGAGUGCAGCCCCGUGUUGAGUGGUACCGUGAUGAUGUGCUGGUGAAGGAGUCGAAGUGGACGAAGAUGUUCUACGGGGAAGGCCAGGCCUCCUUGUCCUUCAGCCAACUGCACAAGGACGACGAGGGCCUGUACACACUGAGGAUCGUGUCACGUGGAGGCGUCAGUGACCACAGCGCCUUCCUGUUUGUCAGAGACGCUGAUCCGUUGGUCACGGGGGCCCCUGGAGCACCCAUGGACUUGAAGUGCCAUGACGCCAACCGAGAUUAUGUCAUUGUGACCUGGAAGCCACCCAACACUACUUUUGAGAGUCCGGUCAUCGGCUAUUUCAUUGAUCGAUGUGAAGUGGGCACUAACAAUUGGGUUCAGUGCAAUGAUGCACCCAUAAAAAUCUGCAAAUAUCCUGUGACGGGGCUCUAUGAAGGCAGGUCUUACAUAUUCCGUGUGCGGGCGGUCAACAAUGCGGGCAUCAGCCGGCCUUCCAAGGUCUCUGAUGCGGUGGCUGCACUUGACCCCAUGGACCUCAGAAGGUUACAAGCAAUUCAUUUGGAAGGAGAGAAGGAUAUCGUAAUCUACCAGGACGAACUCGAAGGUGAGGUUCAGAUCCCGGGACCUCCCAGCAACGUGCAUGCCUCAGAAAUCAGCAGGAACUACAUUGUCCUCAGCUGGGACCCACCGAGCCCCCGCGGCAAGGACCCGCUUAUGUACUUCAUUGAGAAGUCCGUGGUGGGCAGUGGCAGCUGGCAGCGGGUCAAUGCGCAGACGGCUGUGAGGUCCCCGCGGUAUGCUGUCUUCGAUCUUGGGGAGGGGAAGUCGUACGUGUUCCGAGUUCUGUCGGCAAACAAGCACGGCCUGAGUGACCCGUCAGAGAUAACACCUCCCAUCCAGGCUCAGGACAUGAUCGUUGUUCCUUCUGCUCCUGGCCGGGUCCUGGCAUCCCGGAACACCAAGACGUCGGUGGUGGUGCAGUGGGACAGGCCCAAACACGAGGAGGAGCUGCUGGGCUACUACGUGGACUGCUGCGUGGCGGGCACCAACGUCUGGGAGCCGUGCAACCACAAGCCCAUCACAUACAACAGGUUUGUGGUGCAUGGCCUGACCACCGGAGAGCAGUACAUCUUCCGUGUGAAGGCCGUCAAUGCCGUGGGCACCAGUGAGAACUCCCAGGAGUCGGACAUCAUUAAGGUCCAGGCUGCUCUCACUGUGCCCUCUCACCCUUACGGUAUCACACUCCUGAACUGCGACGGCCAUUCUAUGACCCUCGGCUGGAAGGUGCCCAAGUUUAGCGGCGGCGCGGCCAUUCUGGGCUACUACAUAGACAAGCGUGAGGUUCACCACAAGAAUUGGCACGAGAUCAAUUCUUCACCCAUCAAAGAGACAAUCUUAACGGUGGAGGACUUGACGGAAGGCUCACUCUAUGAAUUCAAAAUCGCUGCUGCCAACCUGGCGGGCAUUGGAGACCCCUCUGACUCCAGUGAGCACUUCAGGUGUGAGGCCUGGACCAUGCCGGAGCCGGGUCCGGCCUACGACCUGACAUUCUGCGAGGUCAGGGACACAUCCCUGGUCAUGCUGUGGAAGGCUCCCGUGUACACUGGCAGCAGCCCUGUGUCUGGAUACUUUGUGGAUUUUAAGGAAGAGGAUGCCGGAGAAUGGAAGACUGUGAACCAGGCGAUAACUCCAAAUCGUUAUUUAAAGGUCUGUGAUCUGCAUCAAGGUAAGACCUACGUCUUCAGAGUGCGAGCAGUUAAUGCCAGUGGUGUGGGGAAGCCUUCGGACAUGUCGGAGCCGGUGCUUGUAGAGGCUAGACCAGGCACCAAGGAAAUCAGUGCCGGCGUUGAUGAAGAUGGCAAUAUCUACCUGGGUUUCGACUGCCAGGAGGUGACGGACGCCUCACAGUUCACCUGGUGCAAAUCCUACAAGGAGGUUGCGGAUGGGGAGAGGUUUAAGAUCCAGACAGAGGGGGAUCACUCGAAGUUGUAUUUUAAGAAUCCAGAUAAAGAAGAUUUAGGGACCUAUUCUGUGUCUGUAAGUGACACGGAUGGUGUGUCCUCCAGUUUUGUUUUGGACGCAGAAGAGCUUGAACGCCUGGUAGCAUUGAGCAACGAAGUAAAGAAUCCCACAAUACCUCUGAAAUCAGAAUUAGCUUAUGAGAUUUUUGAUAAGGGCCAGGUUCGCUUCUGGCUCCAGGCUGAGCACUUAUCACCAGAUGCCAGCUACCGAUUCAUUAUUAAUGACAGAGAAGUCUCUGACAGCGAGUUGCACAGAAUCAAAUGUGACAAAGCCACCGGUGUGAUUGAGAUGGUCAUGGAUCGGUUUUCCAUUGAAAAUGAAGGUACUUACACUGUGCAGAUCCAUGACGGAAAAGCCAAAAGCCAAUCCUCUCUGGUCCUUAUUGGAGAUGCAUUCAGGGCGGUGCUAGAUGAGGCUGAGUUCCAAAGAAAAGAAUUUCUCAGGAAACAAGGCCCUCAUUUUGCUGAGUAUCUGCACUGGGAUAUUACAGAGGAGUGUGAAGUCCGACUUAUUUGUAAGGUUGCAAACACCAAGAAAGAAACAGUUUUCAAAUGGCUCAAAGAUGAUAUUCUCUAUGAAACUGAAACAAUCCCUGACCUGGAGAAGGGAAUUUGUGAGCUACUCAUACCCAAGUUAUCCAAGAAGGAACAGGGUGAAUACAAGUCGACCUUGAAAGAUGAGAGAGGUCAAGAUGCAUCUGUCCUUGAGAUAGCUGGCAAAGUGUAUGAUGAUAUGAUUUUGGCAAUGAGUAGAGUCUGUGGAAAAUCUGCUUCUCCACUGAAGAUACUCUGCACUCCAGAAGGAAUCAGAAUGCAGUGCUUCAUGAAAUAUUUCACAGAAGAAAUGAAAGUGAACUGGUAUCACAAAGAUGCUAAGAUUUCAUCCAGUGAGCACAUGCGUAUCGGAGGCAGUGAGGAGAUGGCCUGGCUGCAGAUCUGUGAGCCCACGGAGAAGGACAAAGGAAAAUAUACCUUCGAGAUUUUCGAUGGGAAAGACAACCAUCAGCGUUCCCUUGACCUGUCUGGACAAGCUUUUGAUGACGCAUUUGCAGAAUUCCAGCAGCUCAAGGCUGCUGCUUUUGCUGAGAAGAAUCGUGGCAAGGUGAUAGGAGGUUUGCCUGAUGUGGUGACCAUAAUGGAAGGCAAGACUUUGAACUUGACCUGCACGGUGUUUGGAAAUCCUGACCCUGAAGUGGUUUGGUUCAAGAACGACAAAGACAUCGAGCUCAGCGAGCACUUCUCGGUGAAGGUGGAGCAGGCCAAGUAUGUCAGCCUGACCAUCAAGGGCGUGACCUCCGAGGACUCCGGGAAGUACAGCAUCAACGUCAAGAACAAGUACGGGGGAGAGAAGAUAGACGUCACCGUGAGCGUGUACAAGCAUGGUGAAAAGAUCCCGGAGGUGACCCCACCCCAGCAAGCCAAGCCGAAGCUCAUCCCGGCAUCCACCUCAGUGCUGGACCAGUAA